CAUGAUGAAAUUGGUUCUGCUGAUUCUUGGACUUUUGAUAGCAUCGACAAGUGCUCAAAUUAGGACAAAAGGUGGAACAUUAAUUGCAAAAGAAGGAGAAUCUCUCACCUUGAGAUGCGAAGUUGAGGACCCAUCGGUUGCAAUUAUUUGGAGGAAGAACACAGAAGUCGUCGCUGUUGACGAUGAGAUUCUCGACACCUACGGAGGAUACGAAAUCUCGAUGGAAGGCUCGACAUCUGUGCUCACCAUCAAGAGAGUCGAGCCAAUCAACUCGGCUAACUACUCGUGCGCAUUGGCAGAGCCGGAAGUCAGUGUCACUUUUGUCAUCAAAGUGCAAGUUUUCAAACCCACUCAAGUUUCAGUUAAACCACUUGUCGUCAUCUCUCCAGACACUGGUGUCUAUCAUGCUCGGGUUGGAGAAAAGAAUCUGGUGAUCACAUGCCACGUGAAGGAAGGAAACCCAAAACCAGGAGUGGUUUGGACCAAACAGGCUGCCAAAUUGCCAGAGGAUAUUAAGCGCGAGCACGGAGGAGCCAGAAUUGUUAUCACCGAAGUGAAGAAGCACCAUGCUGGGAAGUACAACUGUUUGGCAGAGAACAUCGCAGGAUCGGACAGAGCUACAAUUGACAUACAUGUUGCUGAGCCGCUCCAAGGAGAACGCGAAGAAAAGCCAUGGGUGAAAAAUGAGGACACGUUCAUUCCGGUGCGCAAAAACCAAAACGCAUCAUUCUGGUGUACUUAUGACGGAACUCCAGUGCCGCAAGUCGAGUGGCUCUUCAAUGGUUACAAGAUUAACUUCAAUGACGAGAAGUUCAAGAAAACUUCGGAAACGGCUCAAAGGCUUAAUGGAUACAGCAAGUCUACGCUGACUGUUGGCGACAUUUCCGAAGAAGCUUUCGGGGACUACGCGUGCCGAAUUUCCAACAAACUCGGAUCCGUCACCGCUGUGGUGCACGUUAGUGGAAGACCAGGUCCACCACAACUUUCUUUUGACGAAUCUGAGCUCACGUGGACUGUUCGCGCCUUUGACAAGAUUCUCGAAUACCAGCUUUGCCACCGAUUAGAAAAUGCGGAUCACUUUCUGCCGGAGGACUGCAACAGUGUCAGAGUGAAGAAGAGCGAUAAUAAUGGUGAUGACAAAUGGACACAUACCAUCGAUCUUAGCACAUUCUUGGAGCACGGAAACAAGUACCAUGUUCAGUUGAAGGCCAGAAACGCUUUGGGUUGGGGAAGCAUGGCAAAAGACGCAUUGCAUGUUGAAUUGCAGAGAAUUGAAAAGGAGGAGGCAAAAGGAGCAUCAAUCAUUUCUAUCAUAUCAUCAAUUCUGGUUACAUUAGUCACAAUGUAUCUUUUAUUUUAAUAUUUUAUUACAAACAAAACAAUUUAGUAUGUAUUUUCUACCUCUGUCGUCCUCCUUUUAUGCAAAGAUUUGCCAUGUCUCACUUCUAGAUCACAAAUCGUUCAGAUCAAUUUCCAAAUUCAGGGUGUUCAGUAGGAUUUAUGGUCUUUCUAUUUCCAUUUUUAUUUUCAAAAAUAUGUUUUCUCUGCAUUUUUCCUCACGUUUAGAUUCAUAUUGAAUGUGAGCCGGUGUUGCUCCCCCAAAUUUCCCCAUUUUCUUCCAAUCCUUUCUUUCGUAGUUCUGUCACUUUUUUCCAAAACUGUUCACUUUUCUCUCCACGAAGAAUACUUACUUUUGUGAUGAUGCUUUUAAAAAAUUAUGUAAAAAAUUCAAAACCCUUUCCCCCUCAUUCCCAAUCCACUUAAUUUACUCGGUGCCCUUUUUUCUGAAUGUUGUCAGUUUUUCAUCAAAUUUUAUCCAAUAUUUUCUGUUUCAUUAUUUAACUUUUAUUACAAAAUAAAUAACUUUGAUCAGUUCAA